GUGGCGCUGUCCCCCUGUCCAGGUGACGCAGGAGCAGCUGCGGGCGGCCGAGGCCGCGCUGGCCCUCAAGCAGGAGCUCAUCGAUCGCCUCAAGGCCGAGGCCGAGCACCAGCGAGCGGCCCUGGAGACCAUCCCGGUGCUGCAGGCCCAGGCCGACAUUUACCGCGCGGAUUUCGAGGCGGAGCGCGCGGCGCGGGAGCAGCUGCACGGGCAGCGCGAGGCUCUGCAGGAGGAGCUGAACCAGCUGCGGCUGCGGCUCGGCGGGGACGGGGCCCGGUACGGCACUGACACCCCAAAAACACCCCAGAAACGCCCUGGAAUACCCCAAAACCACCCCAGAACAUCCCAAAAACACCCCGAAAAAAAACACCCCAGAAACACCCUGAAACACCCCAAAACACCUCCAAAACACCCU